GUGUUUUUAGUCGGUUUGAGUUGCCACGUCGCGUUGGGUAAGCGUGGUAAUAGAUAGUUAAGAGCAGGUAUUUCGUUUGCUUAAUUGAAAUUAAUUUACAAAGUAGUGAAAUGCAUGCAGAAAUGUUGCUCAGUACAUUGCAGUUAUUUUGUACUGUGCUGUUGGGAAUUGUGAAUGGAGCAAAACUCCCGGAGCCAGAAGUUAAAAUCGAAGUGAUACAUAAACCUUUCAUCUGCCAUAGGAAGUCAAAGUACGGGGAUAUGCUGCUUGUACAUUUCGACGGGUACCUGGAAAGCAAUGGAACAUUGUUUCAUUCAAGCCGUAAAGAAGGAAAUGGCCAGCCUAUUUGGUUCACUCUUGGAAUAAGAGAAGUUAUUAAAGGCUGGGACAAAGGCAUGCAGAACAUGUGUACAGGAGAAAAGAGAAAGCUAACGGUUCCUCCAUCCCUUGCUUAUGGCAAAGAUGGGAAAGGGAAGAUUCCACCAGACAGCACUCUGAUAUUUGAAAUGGAGAUUUUGGAGAUAAGAAAUGGACCAAGAUCCCAUGAAUCUUUCCAGGAAAUGGACCUUAAUGAUGAUUGGAGGCUGUCCAGACAGGAGGUAAAAGAGUAUUUGAGGAAGGAAUUUGAAAGACAUGGAUAUGCUCCCAAUGAUACCCAUCAUGAGAACAUGGUUGAAGACAUUUUCAAGAAGGAAGAUGAAGACAGUGAUGGAUUUAUAUCUUCCAGGGAAUUUACCUACAAGCACGAUGAGCUGUAGAAUGGAGGCAUUUAGAAACAUUUCUCUUGUAUUCCUCACCCGAGUACAGAUUUUAGCUGGAGAAUUUUGUCUAAUAAGGACGAAACACUCCUUCUGACAGAUAUCUAAAGAAACAGAGCUAGGUUUCACUUUGUGAAAAUACAUAACAUGCUUUUAUUUUGGACUGAUUUUAGAAUCAAUAGUUUUUAUGCCUUUUACUAUUUUUGAAUGAUUGUUUUGAUCCAUUCUAAAGAAACAUGUUUACUUUGUGCAGCAUGGUUGUAUGUGUAACUUUUGAAAUAAACAGUUUUUUUGAUAAAGUAUUUUAGUUAAUGUUAAAAAUGAUUGUUGCUUUUCUACA